AUGAGAACCGCUGUAAUUUUGUCAAUACUUCUGCUAAAUUCCCUGGUGCAUUCGCAGGUUGGGAAUUCGUACGAGAUCUGUAAAGCCAAGGUCUAUCAACGCGCGAAUCUGGCGCACGCGAAGAAAUGCAAUACGGAUGACCCGAAAUUAAAGCAACAUGAAACGGUAUGGUCAUAUUUGAUUAAUUACGAUACUAAUACUAGCACUAUACUAUAUAUUUAGAAAGUUGUAAAAAAUUGGUUGGAUGGUGCUAACGCGGUUGGUUUGAUAACCAAACGUCCUAUACGAAUGAUGAAAUUGUCGAAAAUAGGUCUUUUAAGUUUGCUACAUUUUCAGGUGUUGGAAAGGCAGUGUCAAGAAGCACGAACGUGGGGAGAGAAACGGGAGUGUCUGAUCGCCCUCUUCAAUAUUAAACUUUUACUGUGCACUAUUAGCUUGGAUUAUUGCAAUGAGAAUCAGUCAGAAUUUGAAAAAUACUGA